AUGUCUGGGUCUUAUGAUGAGACAACUACAUCACUUGAAGACACCACAGACAGCUUCUGGGAGAUUGGACAUUACAAGCGCACAGUAAAGCGCAUUGAUGAUGGUCAUCGUCUGUGCAAUGAUUUAAUGAGCUGCCUGCAAGAUCGCUCAAAGAUAGAGAAGGCCUACUCACAGCAGCUGACCGACUGGGCCAAACGCUGGCGCCAACUUAUCGAAAAAGGUCCACAGUAUGGUACUCUGGAGCGAGCAUGGGGGGCACUACUGACAGAAGCAGAGAAAGUGGGCGAGUUGCACCAGGAUGUGAGGAACCGUCUAGUGUCCGAAGAUAUUGAAAAAGUGCGGAACUGGCAGAAAGAAGCUUAUCACAAACAAAUGAUGGGUGGAUUCAAGGAGACAAGAGAAGCUGAGGAGGGGUUUCGUAAGGCCCAGAAACCAUGGGCUAAAAAAGUAAAGGAGGUGGAAGCUGCAAAAAAGACGUACCAUAUGGCCUGCAAAGAGGAGAAGCUGGCUAGCAGCCGCGAGGCGGCUGGCAAAGCCGAUGCUUCAGUUACCGCAGACCAACAACGCAAACUUCAAGACAAAGUAGACAAGUGCAAGCAAGAUGUGCAGAAGGCCCAGGAACGCUAUGAGAAGAUACUCGAUGAUAUCCAGAAGUCCACUCCUCAGUACAUGGAGAGUAUGGACCUUGUUUUUGAGCAGUGCCAGCAGCUGGAGGAGAAACGCUUGGUCUUCCUUAAAGAGGUCCUUCUGGAUAUCAAGCACCAUCUUAACCUUACAGAGAACGGCAGUUACGCUGCUGUAUACCAAGAGCUGGAGCAAAUGAUCCGCAGCGCUGACGUUCAGGAGGACUUACGAUGGUUCAGAGCGUCACAUGGCCCCGGAAUGCAUAUGAAUUGGCCACAGUUUGAAGAGUGGAAUCCAGAUGUCACUCAUACCAUUAAUCGCAGAGAAAAAACUCGAAAGGUAGAGGGAGCUGUCCUGACCAAUGUGGCAGCGACUUCAGAGACCAGCUCACUUGGAGGUGACCGGGGCAGUGUUAGCAGUUACGAUCGUGCUCAUCCCUAUACUACCGAUUGGUCAGAUGACGAGGGAGGUAACAGCCCGUAUCCGUCUGGAGACUCAAAUGGAGGAGCCAAUUCUCUGGAGGAAGAUGUGACAGUACGUGUGCGCGUCCGAGCACUCUAUGACUACGAGGGUCAAGAGCAAGAUGAACUGACUUUCAAAGCAGGUGAUGAGCUGACUAAGCUGGAGGAUGAAGAUGAACAGGGAUGGUGUAGAGGACAACUGGACACCGGGCGGCAAGGCCUGUACCCAGCAAAUUAUGUGGAGCAUAUUUAAACACCUGACCUGAGCCACCCAAUCGCACGUCUCCCCUCCACGAGAAAUUCCUCCCCCACCAGUCAUUCCUCACAUUUUCCAACAAAGCAGGUGGGACCAGAAGAGGGAGGGUAAGGUAGCCCAAGGCUGGACCCGUGUCUGUUCGUGUUAUCUUCUCCCCUCUUGAGCCCUGCAAAACCAUAAAUUCCUCAAACCUUCCUUUAAAAUGUAUAUUACUCUGGUCCAUAGUUACCAUUUGUUAUUUUUUUAAAUUGCCACUACAAGGGGGAGUGACACUGAAAAUUUAGGGAGUCAUUAAAAUAUUAAUUAUAAUGUAUUAUGAUUUGUGGUACCUUUUUGGUGCCUGAGGUCAAUUUAUGCACUGUAAGAAAAACUUGUGGGCUUCAAUAAUACUUGACUAUAUAAUCUCCAUUAAACGUAAUUAAAUUAUGGAUGGAUGAAACAAUUAAAGGGCCAGUGGAAGAGAAAACCAGACAAACAACUUAGACUAAUAACUGAGCAUAACUUGAAAAGGUGAGUCUAGCCUGAUCCAGUAAUAUAACUCUAAGACAGAACUUUAGAGGGGAUCGGGAGGUGGUCAAAAUGUAGGCUCAACAUGUCUGUGGCAGCAAUUUUAGCCAAUCACAGAGUUUUAAAUUCAGUUUGGCUGGGAUUAGUCAACUCUCAUGUCCCAUGGUCUAUCAUAGUGGUCCUUCUAGGGGAGGGGAAAACUAACCGGAGAGCUUAAUUACUAUAAUGUGGAGAGAUUAAGUCUGUUUAUUAACAUAAACAUCUUGCAACUGUCAGAGAACUGAAUUCCUGGAAGUGCUUCAGGGAAAGGAGUGAGUUUAAUAUACAUCCUGUAGCAGACUGAGCCAAUCAAAAAACUCUGUUUGGAAAAGCAGUGAAGGUCCAUAUCGAUAGCCUGAGCCAAUCAGGGUACUCUGUGUCUGAUUUUGUUGGCAAGAAAAGAGUCUGGGUUGAGCCUUGACAGAUCCUUGUACAUGACAUAUUUAAUUUAAAGUUAUAUAAAUAAAUAAAUAUAUAUAUAUGUAACCUUG